AUGAGUCCCGCAGCCAGGAGGAAAGAAGACGACGCUGUGUCAAAGUCGAGGCUAUUCAACGCCACCUUCAUCACGGUGCUCACCUUGAUCGUAAUGUUGCUAUUGGGUGUCCAUUUCAUAUGGAGUGUCAAGACCAUGAUCAACCAGCCGUACGGCAACUUGCUAAACAAUUUGGUCUAUGGACCGGGCACAUUCUUGGCGAAUGUCGGCUUGAGCAGCAAAUUGGUGCGAUAUCUCAACAAGGUCUUGGUGGAGGAUAAAGUCGACGCCGAUUACAAGAAAUACAUAUGA